CAGUUGAUAUUACAGUUCACCAAUGCAGUUCACAGUUCCAGGCCCUUGUUUCCUCAGCAGUUUACACAAUGGAAACUAAAGAUAUUUUGUGUUGAAUGUAGAAAUGAUUAAUUUUUGAUAUAUGAUUCUGAAAUCAGCCAAUAUGCAAGAACGUAGCGGUGAAGAUGUUUGGAAUGUUGCAUCGUGGAAGUCUGAAAUAUCAUCAAAAGUCUUGUUUAUUCGUCAAAAUCUGAAGAAACAAGUUCCGCCUUCCUCGUGGAAACGUACCUUGAACGUACAAGAAGUUUAUUUUGUGACCGCUUUAAAACGUUGUGCUCACUUUGACAUCUCUGAGGAAGAUCUUGAUAAUGUUGAUGUAAUAGGUGAAAUUGUCGAUGAAUUUAUUUUCAAUGAAGGCAAACAACUCUCUGCGCUGCAAGAAUUACAACUUUUGGAAAUAAUUUGCAGUCAUUUUCAGAGCAAUAUAGAUGAAAUUUGCAAAUAUUUACAAUUUGCAACGAUGUUCAAUCUAAGUCCACAUGAUGAAAUUAAGGAGUUUCGUCUGAAAAUAUUGUCAAAGCUGCUAUCCAUGUCAAUUGGAUUAGAAUGUUCAUCCAUAUUGGAUUGUGUUGGUGCUUGGAUUAUGAAACAUCGUUCAUACAUUCAAGAUGUUCUGGAUUUAAUUCAAGCCAUCAUUUACGACUACUGUAUUCUUGUACCCAGUUCCCUACCAGCUCUAGAGUCAAUGGUCAAGCAUUCAACACUGUUCUCAUCGCAGUUUCUCACUGCAGUCACAGUCCUCUAUCCAAUGUAUAAACUCAAGUCUGAAGAUGAGCAGAUGACAUCAGAGAGUGUAAUGCAAGGUAGCUCAUUGUUUCCACCAAGAUCACUGCUGCAAUUGGUUGCUGACUGGAUCACGUGCCAACCGGGUGUCUUACUGACGUCUUACCCACAACACCUUGCUUCACUGCCAAACUGUCGUAUGACGAACGAGGAGUUGGCACCUCCUUCAACCAAAGACCAAACACGAAAACUUCCUUUGUGUCCUUUACAUGGCCUCGUAAGAUGGAGUAUAUUGGGACCAAUUUGCUUCAUAUCGCAAAAACGUGGCAACUUGCUCGCGAUGAACGAUGAAUGUAAAAGCAUCAUGCUCGUAUUUUCUAAACUUCAGUUCGGUGUUCUUCAAAGUUUUCUCGCGACGAAGAAACAGCUGGAUGAGAAAGACCACGACAAUGACAUGGAACCCGGAGAGGUAAUGGAGGAUGAACUUGACUACACAAAUUUAUUGAGCAUCUAUGAUCUGAGAGGGAUAUGUAUGGAACUUCUUGAACUUAUAAAUGAAAUUCCUUCUGACGUGUCAGUUGAUUUGCGGGAAAAUUUAGUCCAUACUUCCGUCGAUAGAUUAGCACAAGUUCUUCAAGUUGGAAAAUCCAGCGAAUGUCUUUCCGGUAAAAAAACUGACUUCUCUUCCAUGUAUCCAAAUCUUCCACGAACGAAGCUACUAAAUCUAGUUUUGCAGUCAAAAUGAGUUUGGUACAAAAUUGAGAACUUCUCGAAAGACGAAAGGAGAAUUUGUGGCCGUUCACAGCGACUCACUUCAUUGCCGUACUUACUCUUGCAAAACUCCAGGCUCCUUUCUUGUGCGUGAGUGAGAAAAUCACGAUUAAACAGACGGCUUUAAAUAUUAAGCUGCACGGGGGGAGGGGUUGUUGUUUUGCAACCUUUUGAAAAGGGACUUGUACGAGAGAUGGAUUUUUGCGAGAGAGAGCGGGGUUCAUUUAGUUCCUCGUAAAAUUUUAGAUAGGUUUCGUCGAUAGUAGUAUAGGUGGGGUAUAGGUCCUCGAUAUGAUGCGGGCCUAUUAGGGGGCUAGGAAAAUACAGUAUGUGUGUUUUCGACACAACCUUUCUUCAUGAGCAAGGCUUAUGCAUUAUGAAUGUAUAUUACCAAGACAAACUCAUACUGUCAGACCAGCUCUCAGGUCUGUAAGGGUGGAAAACCUUAUCGGACCUGCAUUCUACCGGGGGUAAAAUCUCGCUUCAUUUAAGACGGCAAGUACAGGCCUGCCUAAAGAUAACCUUGGGGCUGUUCAGAUUAGCCCGGUAACCGUUAUUCAUAGAGGCGUGAAAUGAUUUUGAGUCAUUGAAACGAGUAGAAACUUUAAGCGCAAAACUUACAACCUCUUAAGGUACUCAUUCCCCUUACAAAGACAAAUUUUUAAGAUUUUUUCAAAAAAAUUUUUUUUGAUGUUCUAGGUAGUUGGGAUACUGUAUUUUAAGAUUACAUAGUUUGUUUUUA